AUGAACUGCGUCAGUGCUGACCACACCGCAGCCUCUUCGCAAAACAACAUGAACUGGCCACCACAAUCCCCCCUCGACGCUCUCCUCAGCUCUCCCAAAGGUCAGAAACGCUGGCAGGAACACAGAGACCGCAUGAGCCAAGAACGCGACCGUGACAUCUCUCCUUCUCCUCGCAAACAACCGCUUUCGUCCAGCCGGGCCCUCCAAGACGUCAUCAUGUCCGACAACGACGACUGUGACGACGAUGAGGAAAUCCUCCAACUUCAACUUCAAGCUAUCCAAGCAAAGCUCAGAUUGAAGAAGCUGCAAAAACAAAAGUCGUCGCAGAACACACACAAUGACGAUUCACGACCGAGUUCGGAGAAUUCAGACUCGCCGCGGAAGAGACAGAAGACGCACUCCGCUGCCUUAGAUGCUGCCGUCCAAGUUAGUGUAUCACCCAUCAAGAGCCACAUGCCACCCCCCGCAGCGCCUGAACCAAUAUCACCAGCCCGCGUGCGUCUCGGCAUCGACAAGGGCCUCAAGGCCUCAGACGUCUCGUUGAAAAGAGCUAGGAAUGGUUCGACCCUGGCAAGCAAGAGUACGCAAAGAACAACACUACCUGCUGAAAUUGAACGACCGAAGCAAAGUUUCAGCGACCGCAUCGCUGCCAACCGUCUGUCGGCGGAGGAACAACAAGCUAAACACGCAAGGAUCGAGAGGAACAGGUCACAAGGCUUUGGACUUGCCGCACAAGGCCGCUCCUUCCGUCCCACUGUAGGCUUCUCCCACGACGACACUCCCACAUCCACCGAGCCUGCCACAGACAGCUCUUGUUUCGAAAGCUUCUCAUCGCUUCAUCUCUCCAAGCGAUUGCUGCCGCACACCACUCUGGCUCGAGCUUUGGACGGGAAAGAAAUCUACACCCUACCUCGCCUGUUGAAAGAGAUCAAAGCACCGAUAUACGAGCCCCCGGAUUGUGAGACAGACUUUGUUGUUUUGGCUAUCAUUGCUGCCAAGUCCACUCCUUACGACACUCGCCCGAAACACAAGCAAACUUCGUCUGUCGAGGAUGACAAUGCUGGUCCGACGAAGUUCAUGGUCAUGACAUUGACUGAUCUGAAGUGGGAAGUCGACUUGUUUCUCUUCGAUACAGCCUUCGAAGCUUUCUGGAAGAUGACGCCUGGAACAGUUGUUGCCAUGCUGAAUCCGACAAUCAUGCCUCCCAAGACGAAUCAACACUCGGGCAAGUUCAGUCUCAAGCUUGCUAGUUCCGAAGAUUCUGUCAUGGAGAUCGGCUCUGCCAGAGAUCUUGGCUUCUGCACGUCGUUGAAGAAGAACGGUCAAGAAUGCCACUCCUGGGUCAACACACGCAAGACUAAACACUGCGAUUUCCACCUCGAGAUGGCCAUCAACAAGACGCGAUCAGCACGUAUGGAGGUCAACACCAUGUAUCGUCCCAACAGUGAACGGGAUGCUGAAAGCCACGAGCGAUACUAUAUGGUUCCUGGCUCACGUACCGCUGCUUCCCUUCUUGACGCAGAUGACUUGGGAAAGGCAGAUGCCAUGCGCCGCCGCCUGAAAGAUAAAGAGAAGGAUCGUCUACUUGCUGAGAAGCUGGGACAGCUGGGCAAUGGCAUUGGAGCAGAGUACUUGAGACAGACGACCGGUGCCAUCAAUGCCGCCAAGAAUACAGCUCUGGAUAACUCCAACGAAGAUGCGCCUCUGUACAAACCCUCCGCUGCCGAGCUUGGUCUGGUCAACAAGGACGCUUCCAAAGUCCGCCUCAGCCCAGCCAAGAACCGACGGAAACUUUUCUCUAUUCUUCCAGGUGGCACAAAAAGUACAGCCGCAGGUCCCGAAGCUAUGGGCUGGGGAGGAUAUGCGAAAAGAGGCUUGGGUGAAUCGUCUCGUCCACGCAACCUCGGUCCAGAAAAGGGACAGACGAAGAUCACUGGCACCAGUGCUAGUGCUGGGGAGAAGAGUCCGAAGAAAGCUAGGUUUCAGCUGGCGAAAGGCAUCAGAGAGCCGGGGAGGGAUAGCCUGGGUGGCGAAGGCACGGUGCCUCUUGAUGAUAGUAGCGAUGAUUUGGAGAUCAUCUAA